AGGAGAGACAGGGAGGAGGGAGGGAGGCUGGUGAAGCCGCGGAUAUUCAUGAAGACGGCAAGUGUUUUUUUUUUUUUUUUCCUCGCACCGUGGUGACACACUGAUCGUCUGCAGAGAGACAGAGGCAGCGGGGAAGGUGACGAGUGAAAGCAAGUAGACGAGGUCCAGCCCAUCUUUCCAUUGAUCUUGAGGCGAUCAAGGGAAUCUACACUGAAGAGGACACACUGAGAAAGAUUCAAGGAUGGAUCCCAGCAUAUCAAACCUGGUUUCUGACAUUCGGACUAAUCUCUAUGCAGACUUUGGAUUUAACUGAUUGAGCAGGCAAUGGAAAACUGAUCCGAGACUGGCUGCAAAUCCAUUCCCAAACUGGAUCUGGAUUAUUAAUGGUUGGGAAACUGCAUUCAUGUGGGAUUGUGUGUGCUGUUUGGAAAUGUCAUGCAAACAAUACUCCAAGUUGGAUAUUCAUGGUGAGAAACUUCUGAAGGGCUUUCCUUUAGCUGGGACAUCAUGAUCUCUUACCAGGUUAUCCCUUUGUUUCAUCUGGCCAAAUUAAGACAAUAUGCAAGAGGACUUUUUUUCUCCUGGAAACUCCUAGCAUAAUUUAAAAUGGAGUAAGAUAUUUGUUUUUUUAUCUCAUUUCUUCCAAAAUAAAUUGAUCAAAACAAAGGUCAUCCACCUCAGACUGAACCUGGAGCCUCUGCGGGAGGCUUAAAUGCAACAUUAGCACUUUAGCGUCAGGUUUGGACGCAUGCUUUCAGCCACCUGAGGACCGAGGUGCAGACAGAGGCGGUUGGCUUGCUGAGUCAGCUCCAAUGGGGGCCGGUUGUGACCCGGUCUGACCCCGGUUUGACCUUGCAGUGACCUUUGACCUCUCCGGUCCUGGCUCUCCACCUGCUUUGCUGCCUGGGUUCAGGAACGCUCCGCCCUGGGGCCCAGAACGAGCCAAUCAGGAUGAAGAAGAGCCGCAGCGUGCUGUCUGUGACUGGAGAAGAGGGGAAUGACACAGAUAUCACAGGUGCAGUGGAGAAGGCGGAGUCAUCUCGCUACAGCCGAUCUUACACGUCUGGAGCCACGUUGGGGGCCGAGCUACGCAGAGGGAGGAGCAGAAGGCUGUCAUCUAGUCUCCAGGUGCCUUGCUGGCUCCGCCCUCGAGAUCGAACUCGUUCGCCAGAGGUCCUGAACAACGUUUCGCGUCCUACAACUCUUCCCCUCCGCAUUCCACCACGCAUCUCCAUCACACAAGCAGACUCCGACAGUUACGAAGCAGAAAAUGGCGUGUCACCAGGUCACACACCGCUGGGUUCUCAGAGUCCAAGCCUCACCCUGCACCCCUCCUUCCCCCAGGGCCAAAGGAGAGAGUCCUUCCUUUACCGCUCUGACUCGGACUACGACAUGUCGCCCAAGACAGUCUCAAGAAACUCCUCCCUUGCCAGCGAAGGGCACACUGGAGAGGACUUCAUUGUCACACCUUUUGCCCAAGUUCUUGCCAGUCUGCGAUCAGUACGGAGCAACUUCACCAUUCUUGCCAACGUCUCAACACCGACAGUCAAGAGGUCUCCUCUGGGUGGGGUGUGCGUCAGUCCCAGGGCGUCGCUAUCAGACCAGCAGUACCAGCAGCUUGCCCUCGACACACUUGAGGAGCUAGACUGGUGUUUGGACCAGCUGGAGACCAUUCAGACACACCGCUCUGUCAGUGAGAUGGCCUCAAACAAGUUUAAGAGGAUGCUGAACCGGGAGCUGUCCCACUUGUCAGAGAUGAGUCGCUCUGGUAACCAGGUGUCUGAAUACAUCUCCAGCACCUUCAUGGACAAGCAGAACGAGGUUGAAAUCCCGUCUCCGACCCUGAAAGACAAAUCUAUGAGUCACAUCAGUGGAGUGAGGAAACUGUCUCACAGCUCCAGCCUCUCUAGCAAUUCCAUGCCUCGCUUUGGUGUAAACACGGACCACGAGGAUGAACUAGCCAAGGAAUUGGAGGAUCUAGACAAGUGGAGUUUUAACAUAUUCAGAGUAGCCGAUUUCUCCAACAACAGACCUCUCAGCUGCAUCAUGUAUGCCAUCUUCCAGGAACGAGAGCUGUUGAAGACGUUUCGCAUCCCGGUCGACACCUUUUUCACUUAUGUGAUGACCCUGGAGGACCAUUACCAUGGAAACGUAGCGUACCACAACAGCCUCCAUGCUGCAGAUGUCACCCAGUCCACACACGUCCUGCUCUCUACUCCUGCUCUUGAUGCGGUCUUCACAGACCUGGAGAUCCUUGCCGCUCUCUUUGCUGCAGCUAUCCAUGACGUAGACCACCCCGGAGUUUCAAAUCAGUUCCUCAUCAACACAAACUCGGAGCUGGCGCUCAUGUAUAAUGACGAGUCUGUUCUUGAGAACCAUCACCUUGCUGUGGGCUUCAAGCUUCUGCACCAGGAGAACUGUGACAUCUUCCAAAACCUCACCAAGAGACAGCGCCAGAGCCUCCGCAAGCUUGUCAUCGAUUUGGUGUUGGCCACAGACAUGUCCAAACACAUGACCCUGCUGGCUGACCUGAAGACGAUGGUUGAGACCAAGAAGGUGACCAGCUCAGGUGUGUUGCUCCUGGACCACUAUACAGAACGGAUACAGGUGCUGAGGAACAUGGUGCACUGUGCGGACCUGAGCAACCCCACCAAGACGCUGCCGUUGUACCGACAGUGGACGGAGAGGAUCAUGGAGGAAUUCUUUCGACAGGGAGACAAAGAGCGAGAGAGAGGGAUGGAAAUCAGCGCCAUGUGUGACAAACACACUGCUUCAGUGGAGAAGAGUCAGGUGGGCUUCAUAGACUACAUUGUCCACCCGCUGUGGGAGACCUGGGCCGACCUGGUGCACCCAGAUGCCCAGGAGCUGCUGGACACCCUGGAGGAGAACAGGGAGUGGUAUCUGAACACCAUGCCCCAGUCCCCCUCACCUCCCCCCGACAGACACCUGCAGCACGACCGCUUCCAGUUUGAGCUCACCCUGGAGGACCUCGAACACAACAACCAUAAUCACAUACACAUGAGGAGCAGCGGCGGGAGGAGUGGAACAAAAUCUAUCUGCGAUGAUGGCACUGAAGUACAUAUGAAGUAUGACAAGGUGGAACUGACAGGAGAGGCACAGAACCAUGUAGAAAUCGAGAAAGAAGACGAGGAGAAUCACAACAGCGAACAGAACGGAGUUGGAGAUGAAGAGGAGGAGGAAAAUAGUACAGGAGAAGGAGAAGGAGAACAAGGAGAUGGAGAAGGAGAAGUCCGUGAGUUUGAUUCCAGGAUAAAUCGUGCCAAAUCGACCUAUGACCAGCACUGA